AUAAAAGCGUUGCAUCUUGAGCGUCCAACUGGUCUCCAAUUCCCCCGUGUCCCUUUCCUUUUCAAGUAGAGAGCUGAUUAGAGACGAGGCGAUUAUUAUAGAAAAAACAAAGAUCUUCUUUAAUUGCUUCUAUAAAAGGCGUCGCCUAAAGUAGAAGGAAAGCUUUGGCCUCCUGUCAAAUGAAGAAAAAACCUACGGAAGAGGUGAAAAUGGGCUUCGGUUCGUUAAGCGAAGACAUAGUGGAAAAGAUACUGAGACGAUUACCAGCCUUAUCAUUAGCAUCAGCAGCUUGCGUUAGCAAAUCAUGGUACCAAAAUUGCAAUCGGAUCCUCUCUCGACCUAAGCUCUCCUCUGCUCUCUCUCUCAACCCUUCCCUUGACAUUGCGAUGCAAGAGAUUCUUGAUAAGGUUCUCUCCGAGCCAAUUCGCCCGCAUUUUGCUAUUGCAAAUGGUUUUGGCAAUACCUGUGGCAUGCAGAAAGCUUUUGAUUUUUUUGCUGGAAGACUGGGUUCCAGGACUCCUCUUAUUGUUACUUGGGCUAAUGGAAUCAUGGGAAGAGAUGCUAUUACCAGUGAGUUCGAAGAGGUCAUGGGAGGUGAUGAUGACAGUGAUGAUAACGAUGAACAUACAGAUGCCAAUUCUGGUAUCCUUUUGACUGUGGGUUUUAUACCAGGGUUAAAAGUUGAGGCCAUCCCACUGCUAAGACCAGUAAAGCAGGCACCUCGAGUAUCAAUGGCUGAUGACCUUGUGAUGGAUAUUAGGAAUUACACAGCUUCUGCUUCGGAUAGCACAUCACCAGUUGGAAUCAUAAUGUUUGGUGAUGGAGAUGCUGACCUGAAACCUGUCAUUGAAAAGCUGGAUUAUGCCAUGUCAAAGGAAACUAUUAUUGCUGGUGAUGAGAACACUAAAUUUUUGUACAGAAGUGGCACAGAAUCAAGAAAUCUCUGUGGAAGCACAAAAUAUUUUUCUGAUGCCAUUACUCUUGUAUUUGCAAGGGAUAGAGAAAAACCUCGAGGAAUAGGGGAAAUUCAAUUCCACGCGGCAUUAUCAAAUGGCCUUCGCAAAAUAGGUCCAAGGUACAAGGCAGCUUCUGUCAGAGUCAAUGGUCGUGCUCAUACUACUUGGCUCACUGCCAGACGAGAAGGGCAACGGGAGAUUCUUGAUGGUCAAAUGAUUGUAAAUGAAAUCAAUGAUGAGUUGGAAGAUCGCGUUGGAGGAACUGAUUUGUACAUUGGGGUAACAAAACACAGAAAAUGCUCUGUUGGAACCGAGAAGUCAAGGCUGAUAUCCUCCUUGGCUUUCCAUGGAGUCAUGGAAGCAGAUGAAGAGUACCUUUUUGUUUAUGGUACUGGCAUCAGAACUGCAGACUAUUUCCAAUUUUACCAUUCUGAUCCAUGCACUGCAUUAUCUUCAUGUAAUGCCGUCUCUGCAAACCUGAGAAACUUGAGGCUAGAUUGGAGUUGUAAAAAGGGCCUUAAUCCAACAGACAUUGUUAAUGAGUGUAAGAAGGAAUGUAUUGGGGGAUUUAUUUUCUCUUGUUGUGGCCGUGGUGAAUCAUUUUUGGGACGUCGGAACGUUGAUAGCUCCCCAUUCUUGGAGAAUUUUCCUGAGGCCCCAGUGGCAGGGAUAUUUUGUGGCGGGGAAAUAGGGCGUGGCAUUUCAAUCUUGAAUGCUCCUGAAGGGCAAGAAGAAAGCAUCCUCUCUUGUUCUCUGCAUGUAUUUAGCACGGUUUUCCUGUUGCUGACGUAUGCCCCAGCACCACUUGAGCAUCAUAUGACUUGAUUAUGUGCAGCUGAUGAUGCCUCUUCUCUCCCGCACCCUUUUUUUUUUGUGCGUGUGAAAUGUAUGUACUGUUUAUAUAUUAUCUCAGACAGCGAAAGAAUAAAGCCAAUCAAAACUAAUUGGCUGAGAUGCUAAGAUGAGCCUUAUGUCAUGUAAAUAUCCUCCUUUUUUUCAUAUUUAUUUUCUCCAUUGGGGUAUAGAAUCAUGUCUGGGUAUUGGGGUUGAAUGUAUUGGAUAAUUGUAUGUUCUACAUAGAACUGGUGGUUCGAUAGAAUUUUGCGAAAGUAAUUUCAGAGUCUGCGAAAGACCAUAUACACCGCGGUUUCA